CCUCACGUCUUCAGAAAUCAACUCCGACUAUGGCUCAACACUCGCUGCAUGUGUCCAUCGGCAUACUGGGCAUCUCUGGCGGUUCUCUCCUGCUUUUGGUGAAUGACUAUGCCAGCUCACCUGAAAAAGACCUCAUCCCCCAUACUGCACUGGGGAUUGUGCUCAUCAUCAUUGCAGUCCUCUUAGCUUAUGCAGGCAUCUCUCACAGUCUGUCCCACGCCCAGCUGUUUUCCUCUCUGUGUCUGACUGUUUCUGCCCUGUGGUGUGGUUCAGGUCUGGUGUACAUCCUGGUGGGGCAGGCGGUGGUGCCGCCUACAGAGCUGAGAUCCUCUCUAGUCCCCGGCCUGGCAGCAUUUACCUUAGCCCUGCUUGUCAUAGGCAGCGUAGCAGUUGUAGCAAAGAAAGCAGUUAUAUUUAUCAUAGCUGUCGGCAUAAGUUUAGCAUGUGCCCAUCAAAUCGCCGGUUUGUCAGCUACAGGUUUUGGUCAGUCUGCAACAGCUGCCAACUACCUUCUGGUCUGUGUGGUUUGUGCUUACUUUGGUUUUGGACGUCUGCUGUACACUAUCACUCAUGGUAAAUUGGAGCUUCCAGGAACGGGCCUGAGGAGAAAAGCCGAGCUGAAGACAGAGCAGAACCAGGGGUGUGGUGAUGCAGUGUCAGUAGGUCUGGUGAUGAACUUGCUGUCCGCCUCUGUGUUAGUCUGUCCUCUGUUAGGGGUGGUCCCCCAGCUUUCCGUCGGUCACGUCCCCUGGCUGUGGACAGCGGGAGUCUUCCAGCUUGGCAUGUGUAUCCUCUUCUACCGGGCCAUGGACACACUGGCUGCCACGUUUUACGGCUUCACUGCUCUGCUGAAAUUUGCAGAGGGCUACAGCGCUCUCCUAUCAUCCUUAGUUCAGCCGUACUCCCCUGUUCCCUUCCCCGUUGUCUUCUCUGUGCUUUUCUCCAUCCUGGCUCUGUUCAGUUGUCAGAAGAGCUUGCUGGAGGGGGUCUACCAGUUAUUCUUUGCAGCUUAUUGUAUUGCCAUCGCAGCCCAGCCUCAAGGCUUCUUCCAAGGAGGCACCCAGGGUGUUCAGGGAGCUAUAUUUGUGUUCACUGCCGGCAUGCUUUUUAUUACCACAUUCAAUAUGGUUUCCACUACAAUGAUUCCUACCGGGCGGGGAUAUUUUAAUGCUUUAGUGACCAAGAUGCAGGGUCUUACUCUCAGAGCCCAUGAUAAAGAUCUACAUGUACCUCACCUGGGCUACUCCAAGUAUGCUGAUGCAGAGGUGUUAGGCCACGCCUGUAAUGUGCUGGCUGCUUUUGCCAUAACAGCCACAGUUUAUGACAAUAAUCCUCUGUCUGUGCUGAUUCUGCCCUGGGUGGUGGUGGCUGGAGGGAUACUCCAGCUGCUCUGUGGUUCCGUAGCUUUUGCUCGAGGUAAAACCUUUGAGAGCACAGUUUUUAUUCUGUAUGGGAUGAUGUGGUCAGUGUGGGGUUUGACACGAUACGGCGGCUUUUACGGUGAAACCCGAAGCUUUAACGUGGCUGUCGGGAUCAUUAGCUUCAUGGUGUUUAAUUGUUUAGUGACAGCUGCAGCGCUGGUUGUAAGUGUCGCUUGGUUUGCUUACGCCCUGACCUUCCAGCUCAUCCUCAUCAGCUUCCUGCUAGAUGCAGUAGGUGCACUGCCUUAUGGUUAUGACAUAGGAGUCACCAUCAUUUUUGGUCUGGUCAGUUUUUAUUGUUUCCUGGCGCACAUUUUUAACAGCACCUUCCAGUCCCCGCUGAUACCCUUAGGAAAACCUCUGGUCAAGUUAAGUGGGGUUGGGGGAGGCGCAGAUAUCUGUCCGCAUGUACCCGCCCGCAAGGCCUCUUCUGUCCACCAGAUUGCAGAAAUCAUGAAAAAUGGUGGCAUAUGUGGAAUGCCUACUGACACCGUCUAUGUGCUGGUGGCAGCUUGCAACAGGCCCGACGCAGUCAUCAAAGCUUACAAGGUGAAGAAGCAGGCGCAGGACCGCCCCAUGUCCCUGUGGAUCUCCUCCAUCAAACAGUUGGAGCCGGUGCGACACCUGCUGAGCCCUCUGCUCCUUGACUUCAUGGAGGCCGCGUGGCCCUCCUCCAUUAGCAUGGUUAUACCCAGAGGCCCAUGGAUGGACACCUUUGGUUUAGGAGAUGCUGCUAAACACAUAGGGACGCCACAAAGCAUUGCAAUCAGAAACCCAGACUGUUCUGUGGCCACACAUCUCAUUAAUCUGGUGGGGCCUGUGGCUGUAACCUCAGCCAACCCUUCAGGCGAGGCAGACACAACUCACCACAACCAAGUUUACGCCAAGCUGGGAAAAAAGGUUGAUGGAGUGUUAUGUGAUGGACCAUCCCCAGAGAAUAUUGCAUCUACUGUGGUUGACUGCACUAAGAUUGAAACAGGGCAUAUUGGUUUCUUCAGAGUGGGUCUCAUUCCUAAAUCCAAGGUUCUUACUAUAUUUGAGGAGGUUCAGAAGCGGCACAGACAUGGGCAGACAAAUCCUGCUUUUGAAUAUGAUCAGUAUCUGCCGGAUACACAAAGAGACAAAAGUUCAGGAGAAGACGACACAGUACAGCCAGGAAGUGGAAACUCAACACCAUCCACAGUUGCACUGUAACAAAGUCCAGUCCUCAGAAAUGGGUCAUAGUAUCUGUACAUUGCUUGUAAGUGCUGCCAAAUGCAACCUAAAUUCAGAUUCAGUACACACAUCGGAAAUAGUUGCCACACUAUUGUUUGAGGAGGUCUCAGGUUCCACCGCACAGGGACAACCCCACAAGCUGUUCAUGUGCUGGUGUGUUAUGUUGAGCAAACUGAUAUUUUUGUUAUGUUUACUUGUUUAUCUGAAUGUUGCAUAUUGGUGUGAAAUUCUAUAUAUUGAGCACACAGGCUCUAAUGCACUGUCACUUGUAAAAUAACUAGCUGCUACACUUUAAUUUGUGUUUUGUACUGUAUGUCAUAUAUUUAAAAUUGUAAUUGUCUUUUAGAUACAUGGAUGUAAUUUAUGUACUUUUUCAUGAUGAAAUAUACAUUCAAUGAUUUCCAAAAACGGCUGCAAAUAUUUAUACGAUACUAUUUUAAUAUUUUAUUGACUGUGUUUUACUGUAUUCUAUGAAAAAAUACUCAUUAUUACAUUUACAGAUCAUUGCCCAAUAUGAAAGUUACCUGAUUGAUUUAAGAAGUCUUAAAACUGAGAUUGAAAUGUAGCGCUUAACAAAUAAUAAAAGUUGUGAAUCAGUAUGGCCCUAAAAAAAAAAAUGCUUUAAAGUGGUUUCCCGUCAUUUUUCUUGAUACUUGUAACAUCUGUGACCAUUUGGUGUCAAACCACAGUAAAAUAUGUGUCACCAAAAAAAAAGCUUUUCGGAUUAGAAACCA